AUGACUUCCGCCGAAUUCGAUGCCGCUGUCACCGCGGUCAACAGCUUCAAGAAGAUGCCUAGCCAGGAUGAUGCUCUCCUUUUCUACGCCUACUUUAAGACUGCUAAGUUCGGAAAGCCCACUGACGGUCGCCCCGGACUGUUUGACAUGAAGGGCCGCUACAAGUACGAUGCUUGGGCUAAGGCAGCCGACGAACUUUCCCCAGAGGAGGCCCAAAAGAAGUACAUCGAACUUUACGAGAGCAAGAAAGCCGAUUACGAGAACUAG